AUGAAAGAUGAAUAUGUUGAAAUAAGUGGAAUAGAGGCUCAAAAGUUUUAUGUUGAGUUUCGAAGUAUUGGACCACUAAUAGAAGAAGAGUUUGUUUCUGGAUUACAAAUCAAAGUUACUUCAAACAAUGAACAGGAAUUUCCUAAUAUUCAAAUUCAAAAUUCGAAUGGACAAAAAGUAUUAAAUACAAAAAGAAAAUUAAUUAAAAAGAAGAGGAAGAAAACAAUUUGUCUAGUCUGCAAUAAAUCUUUUCACACGAAGAAGGAGAGAAAUGAACAUUUAGAUAAACAUUUUAUUAAUAAAAUUAUCAUUUGUAGAUUUUGUAGUAAAACAUUCAUUUCGAAAGAUGAAUAUUCAAUGCAUUAUUCUUUACAUAUUGUCAAGAAGAAACCAGUAGCUAAAAAUGCAAUAGUACCAGUAGCUAAUGGUAGUAAAGAUUUUAUUACUACUGAAACUAUUGAUGUAUUAAAUCCUGAAAAGGAUGGAAAAGAAAUAUUUAAAUGUCACCAAAAUUUGAUUCAAAAUCAUGACGUCAGUAGGCCUUUUCUGUGUAAUAUUUGUUUCAGAACAUUUGGAUAUUUUAAGAGAUUGAAAAAACACAAAUGUAUUGUGAAAUCUUCCAAACCUCCUAAAUAUUUAGUAAAUGAUUCUACACAAAUUAUUAAAAAGAAAAAGGUAAGAUAUAAUAAAAUCAAUGAUUCCGGUGAUUCUUCACGUACUGUUAAAAAGAAAAAUAAAAAAUAUAAUAAAAUCCGUGGAGCACACGCUAUUAUUAGUAAAAUUAUUGAUGAGUCAAUUUCUGAACAAGACGAAAAAGAUAUAUUUGAAUGUAAUAUCUGUAAUAAGAAGUUUGUUAGCAGGUUGCAAAUGCAAUUUCAUCAAAAAGUUCAUGGUGUCAUUAGACCUUAUAGGUGUCACAUUUGUUGCAAAGCAUUUGCACAUGUUAAGGGCUUGGACAAACACAGUUGUUAUUUGAAAACUUACAAAUGCCAUAGAUGCUUUUCAGUUUUUUUACACAAAACGGCUUUCAAUAAACACAUUGGACAUUAUAAGACUCAUUUCUUAUUUAAUUGUAAUAGAUGUUGUCAUAGUUUCGACACUAAACAAAAUUUGACUAGGCAUCAGAAGUCGAAUUGUCACCCAGACAAACAAUUUAAAUGCAAACUAUGCAAAUUAAGUUUUCAGUCAAAGACACUUUUAGAUACCCAUGUAGUUCUGGGUUCUGUUAGGUCCCAUUGUUUGAGUGAGUAA